AUGUCGCUCCAUGGCGCGCAGCGACCUUGCGGGCUGCCCACCCCACAAGCUUCUCCGCGGGUGACCACGCGGUCGAGCCUUCUCACGGCUCCCUGCUGCGCUCGUCGCUGCACCUUGAGUAGAAGCUCCCUUCCGCUGCGGCGCAACCCGCACGCAGCGAGCGCCCCCGCCCGCCGCGUCGUUCCUCGCACCUGUGCCCAGCGCUCAGCUUCGUCGAUCGUCUCCGACGCGGCCUGUGGAUGCCGUCGGGCGCGACGACUCGAGCCUGCUCGAGCUACCAGAGAUAUCGCCGAGGAGUACUCGACGACGGACGACGAGCUCGGUCCGGCGGCAAGGGAUGCGCUGAGGCUGCUUGGCUGGGCGGACUUGUGCAGGGACGUUGCGUCCUUCACAUCGACGUCGCGGGGGCGCGAGAUUGUGCAGAGGAUGCUGCCGGCCACGACACAGGUGGAGGCGGAUGACUUGAUGGACGAAACAGCGGCCGUGGACGACCUUGAGACGAUCCACGCCGUCAUGAUCGACUUCGGCGGGAUCCCGACGGCCGAGGCGCACGCUGCGCUCCGCCGGGCGCGCGCGGGGGGGGUCCUGCAGCCCACGCAGCUGCACGCGAUCGCGCAGAUGCUCGCCGGCGCCCAGCGGCUGCAGCGUGCGACCAUGAUCGCGUGCCGACGCGUCCGCGACGAGCUGGGACACAAGUCCGACGCCUCCGGGGCCCUCGCUCCCGUCUCCAGGCGCAUGGAGCCCAUUUCUGCACAGCCACAACUCGUGUCUUCCAUCAGCAGGGCGAUCGGGGAGGACGGGGAGGUCCGCGACAGUGCGUCGGACGAGCUCAGAGGAGCACGCAGCCGGCUGCGCACGCUGCAGGGCCGGCUCAAGUCCGUCGUUGGCGGGUCUACGGGCGAGGCGACCACGUACAACGGCCGUCUGUGCCGCGUGAUGCCGACUGCGGAUGCUGCGUCGGUGGGGCUCGUCCUCGGGCCCGCCGGCGCGGGGAUGUCGUACGUGGAGCCGCGCGCCGCGGUGCCGCUGAACGAGGAGCUCCAGGCCGCGGCGCAGGCCGUUUCGGCUGCGGAGACGGAGGUGUUGAUGGGGCUGAGUGCCGCAGCCGCGGCGUGCAGCCAGGACCUGACGCAGGCGCUCGACGCGGUGGUGUGGCUGGACGCGACGGUCGCGCGGGCGCGGUACAGCCGCUGGCUCGACGCCGUGCGGCCCGAGACCACGCGCUUCCCGACCAGCGCCGUCGCGAAGGCGCGCAAGGGCGGCGCUGGCGACGACGCAGAGGCGGGGUACGUGCGGCUGCGCGGGCUGCGGCACCCGCUGCUGGCCGCGGAGCACAAGCGGUGGCGGGAGCAGGAGCAGCGCGCGGAGAAGUCCAAGUCUGCGGGCGGGCGCGACCUGCUGAAGCGGCUGGCGGCGCAGGGCCUGGCGCGAGCCUCGUUCGACGACGCAACCGACGAGGAGGACGCGCCGGAGCCGCCCGUCGAGCCGGUGCCGAUCGACAUUGAGAUAUCCGGCCCCGUGCGGUGCGUCGUGGUGACCGGGCCGAACACGGGCGGCAAGACGGCGCUGCUCAAGGCGCUGGGUCUGUGCGCGCUCAUGGCGCGCUCGGGACUGUACGUCCCGGCGUCGGCGCCCGCGCGGCUGCCGGCGUUCUCGAACGUCCUGGCCGACAUCGGCGACGAGCAGUCGCUGUCGUCGUCGCUGUCGACGUUCUCCGGACACCUGUCGCGCAUCCAGGCGCUGCGCGCCGAGUCGGACUCACGGUCGCUGGUGCUGCUGGACGAGGUCGGGACGGGCACGGACCCCGCGGAGGGCACGGCGCUCGGCGCGGCGCUCCUGCAGCGGCUCGUCAAGGGCGGCCCGGGCGGCGCGGGCCUGUCGCUGGCCACCACGCACAUGGGCCUGCUGGCGAGCCUCAAAUACAACGACCCGCGGUUCGAGAACGCGUCGGUCGAGUUCGACGCGGAGAAGCUCGCGCCGACGUACCGCGUGCUGUGGGGCGUGCCGGGCCGGAGCAACGCGAUUGCCAUCGCCGAGCGGCUGGGGAUGGAGGGGGGGGUUAUCGAGUCAGCGCGCGAUCGGAUGGGGCGGGCGGCGCGGUCCGUGCUCGCGCUGACGGAGGAGCUGGAGAGCGCGCGGCUGGAGGAGGAGGAGCUCGGGGCGCGGCGCGAGGCGAGGGAGAGGGAGGCUGCAGCGCUCAAGGCACAGGUGUCGGCCUUGAAGCAGCGCGCCGCGCAGCACGAGCGCGACACGGCCGCCAAGGGCGCGCGCGCGAUGAAGAAGCACCUCAACAAGGCGCUGUCGGACGUGCGCAAGGCGGCGCGGACUGCCGCGGCUCAUGCCGCGAAUGCAGACGUCGCAGGCACAGGCGCCGCGGGGGCGCCCGCGCCGGCGGCGGCGGCGGCGGAGCAGUCCGCCCCGGCGAAGGGGUGGACGCCGUCGGCGGGCGACGCGGUGUCGGUGCCGAAGCUGCGCGGGAGGGGCACGGUGAUCGAGGCGAGCGGGAAGCAGGUGACGGUGCAGGUGGGCCUGAUGACGGCGACGGUCAAGGUGGACGAGGUGCUGCCGGUCAAGUAG